AUGGAAUCCUACUUUCAAAAUCGCCGUAUCCGCCGACAAGCAGAAGAAGACUUGGCCAGUAUUCAAACCAAAUCUGAGCGUACCAGUACCUCAUCGCUAUCAUUGGGGUCAGACCUGGAGGCAGGAGUAGCAGAGAAGCCAGCUAUUUCCGAAUAUGGUCCUCUUAUACCCGGUGUGACAGUUUCCCAGCCAGAUGAAGACAAUGGCGAGGUGGUCUUCCUGGUUGAUUGGAGGGAAAACGACCCAAGCAACCCACAGAAUUGGUCUCUGCUCCGAAAGUGGAUGGUCAUGUUGACUUGCUGUCUAAUUGCCAUCGCAAUGUCAAUUCCCUCCUCGGUGGAGGGUGCGACUCAGGACGCCUUCGAUGCGCGCUUUGGUGUAAACCCCAUGGCUGGGUCAAUGACGACCGGUAUCUUCCUUAUUGGAAUUGGUGUAGGCUCCCUAUUUUCUGGUCCGUUCUCUGAGACUUUCGGCCGCAACAUCGUCUACUUCACAGCCCUGAUCCUCGUGAUACUUUUCAUCAUGGCCAAGGCGCUGGCGCCAAACUAUGGCGCUGCUCUCGCUUUCCGAUUCCUCGGUGCUCUCUUCGCAGCCACCCCCAUGACGGUGGCUGGCGGGACUGUCGGCGACAUCUGGCAACCAUUGCAAAUUCCCUUUGGUCUGCCCUCGGUCACUAUCGCCGCCUACGCCGGUCCCAUCCUAGGUCCGGUUAUCGGCGCCUACACGCCUGAAAUUGGCUACGUGUGGGCCGACUGGAUCUCGAUGAUAAUUGCUGGUGUCGCUUUGGUGGUGGUUCUACUUGCACAGCCCGAGACUUUCAGCCCUGUUCUGUUAGAAUGGCGUACGAAGCAUUUGCGCGAGUUGACUGGUGACAACCGAUACCGCGCCGCCUCCACCUCUGCUAGCUCUCUGGGUACCCGACUACUUAACAAUGUAUCCAGACCCUUUGUGAUGAUCUGGACUGAGCCCAUCAUUCUAAUUUUCAGCUUCUACCUGGUCUUGCUUUACUUUGUGAUGUUCACCUUCCUCAACGGCUAUCCCUUCAUCUUCGCGGAAGUGUAUGAAAUCAGCACGAGUAUGACCUUCAUCAUCUUCGUCGCAAUGAUCCCGGGUCUCGUUAUCGCUUUGGCUAUGGUUCCUCUUCUAUAUGGAAUGACAAAGAAGGUAGCGAGACAGGCUGAAGCGGAGGGUAAGGCUUUGCAACCAGAGGUAUCACUCUACUGGGCGAUGGCCGGGGCAUCUAUCCUGAUGCCGAUUUCCCUCUUCUGGAUGGCUUGGACCUGCUAUUCCACCAUUAGUAUCUGGUCCCCGAUUGUGGCCUCCGCUGUCUUUGGCUACGCGCUUGUUUGCAUUUUCACUACGACAUAUAUGUAUAUCAUCUUUGUGUACCUGCAAUAUGCAGCCUCAGCUCUAGGGUUCAUGACCUUCGCGCGGUACGUUGUUGCUGGUGCCCUCAGCCCUGCCUCGGUCAAGAUGUACGAGAACAUCGGUCCCCAUUGGUCUGUGACCAUUGUCGGCAUUCUUGCAACCAUCAUGGCACCCGUUCCUUACGUAUUAUACAACUAUGGUCACAAGGUUCGGGCUAUGAGCAAGAAUGCCGUCAACAAGGCGUAG